AUGUCGGUCAAGUUCGAGAAGGACACGAUAAAGAAGGGUGUCGAGGAGGUCAAGAAGGGCCUCAUCGGGGAACCUCUGCCCGGCACCAGCGGGAAGCACCCCAUCUCCGAGGCCAUCGGCACCGCCAUCACCGGCGGCAAGAAAAAUGCGGGAUCCAAGGGCUAUCUUGCGGCCUACAUUAAGCAGCUCGAGCAGAACCCUCUGCGCACCAAGAUGCUCACUGCUGGUACCCUCGCUGGUGCUCAGGAGCUGAUCGCUUCCUUCCUCGCCAAGGACCGCAAUAAGCAUGGCAAUUACUUCACCUCGCGUGUACCCAAGAUGGCCGCCUACGGCGCCCUCGUCAGCGCGCCCCUCGGCCACUUCCUCAUCUGGGCCUUGCAGAAGACCUUUGCUGGCCGCACCAGCUUGCGCGCCAAGAUCCUGCAGAUUAUCGUCAGCAACUUGAUUAUUGCGCCCAUCCAAAACUCCAUCUACCUCACCGCGAUGGCCCUCAUUGCCGGUGCCAAGACGUACCACCAGGUCCGCGCGACGGUCAAGGUUGGGUUCUGGAAGGUCAUGAAGGUCAGCUGGGUCACCUCCCCGCUGUGCUUGGCCUUCGCUCAGAAGUUCCUCCCUGAUCAACUCUGGGUGCCCUUCUUCAACCUGGUGUCCUUCAUCAUCGGCACCUACAUCAACACCAUCACCAAGAAGAAGCGUCUCGCUGCCCUGCGCAAGAAGCACUUCGGUGACGGCCGUUCUCCCUCCAUGGGAGGCCGUCCUGAGGACUACCCGGGCCCCAAGGACUACCCUGGCCCUAAGGACUACCCGGGCCCGAUGGGAGGUCCCAACCCCGCUUACUAA